CCACCCCCGUGAAGUUCGCCAGAUUCCCCGAGACUUCCUAUAGCCUCUGAAAUGCACACGUGCAUCGCCGAACCCCCACUCCACUCACGUUGGCAGGCACUUCCUGGAGGCGCUCGUGCGGAUGUCGAUCGUGCGUUUCCCAUUGGAGAAGGGCCUCGAGAGACAGAUGCGCCGCCUCUUUGACGAGCACGUGCUGCAGCUGGCGAGCGGUGACGCGGGGGGGUCGGCGACCGCAGGGGCCCUGUCGUUCCUGGCCGACGAGGACGUCCAGGACGUGCUCCGAGCCUUCGAGCCCGAGCUGCGGGCCCUCUUCCGCGAGCACGCCGCCGGAGAGGGUGCCUACGCCACUCCGCAGUGGGCGCCCGCGGCCCCAGAGGCCGCGGCCGAGAACCCUCCGAGAAGGCACCGGAGGCACUUCGGCGGGCAGAACCGCCGGUCGCACGUCAGGGCGCGCCAGGACGUGACGGUUCGUAUCAAGGAUGUGCUGCAGAUCUUGAGCUGCGGGGGCAUCCUGCAGCCCGCGGGCUCGAGCGAUGCCGCUGGCGCCGGCGGCGCUCCCGAGCGGUGGUUGGGCCCCGUGUUCCAGCCGCGCGGCGACGAGGCCCUAGACAGCGACGUCCACCCCGGCGACUCCGCCUCGGGAGCGGCCACGCCGGUGCCGCAAAGCCCGAGUCCUCCAGUGCGGCCUUCCUCCUCGCCUGGCGACGACACCUUGACCGCCGACGAGGACGGGCCCGAAUCCGCCGGGGACGCAGAGGACGCUGCUGGCGAGCCCCCGUGCGCGCAGGCGGCGGACGUGCUCCGCUGCGACUUCACCGCCACGCCGCUGCAGGUGCUCAGGAUCCUGUGCGAGCUCUCUCCGCCCGAGGGCCUGGCGAAGGUGCACUGGAGCCUGGAGAGGGGUGCCACGACGGAGGGCGGCGAGAUGCCAUUGCUGGAGUUCUUGGAGUCGGAGAUCACGUUCGUGGAGUUCUCCAGGCUGCUCCUCCGGCUGGCGGAGAGCAAGACCAGCGAGGCGGAGUUCAAUGGAGACAUGCCCCUCCGCACACGCCUCGAAGGUUUCCUUGCUCACGUCUUCCUGCCCUCGCUGGGCACGCCCUACGUGCCACCGCCCACGGAGAGCCCCACGACGGACGUGCAGCCGGAGGAGGAGAAGCAGCCCCAGCCGGCGUCCAUGGUCGAGGCGACGGGGGCCGGGCUCCCCGACGUCAACGGCACGUACAGGCGCGCCGAGCAGAUCGAGAGGCGGCCGGACGGCGGCAUCACCGUGUAUUACCAGGAGACUGGGCAGUUCUGCAUGGUGAUCUACCCGUCCGCCGUCAAGGACGGGCCGAUGUGGACCAUCCAACGCGCCGACAAUGGUAAGCGGGCGUACGUCGCGAGGCUCGGCGAGGACCCGGCAGACUUGGACGCCGCGAGCGCGCCCACGUCCGGUUGGGAAGUCUUCGACGCGAAAGGGGACAAGGCCUCGCUCCCCGGCCGGGCGCCAGCGCCCGCCGUGGAGCCGUUGCCCGAGCCCGACGCCGACGCCGACGCCGAGGAGCCCGAGGUAUUCUGGGCAGGCUUUGCCGACGACUCGGCUAUGGAGUUCGCGACGUAUUCCGUGCCUCGGGCUUGGCCGAAGGACUACGAAGACGAGGUCGCCGCCUGGUAGCUGGGCGGCCACUCCGGGGCAGGCCCACGCGCGGUUUCUCCGGCCCAGUGGGCGGCCGACACAUCGCAGAGUGGGGAAG